AUGUUAGCAGUUACGGCAGUUAUAAAUAUUUCAUGUUUAUGUAUUGUUCAAAAGAUAAAAUAACAUUCUAUUAGAUGUCUUUUAAAUCUGGCAUCAUUGUAAAAUAUUGAGGUUAGGAAGCAUAUGUUAUUAAUUUUAUUUAUAUAUUUUAUGUGCUAAAUGUUGAGACCAUAUAUAUUUAAAAAUAAAGUCAUACAUUUUUCUUAUCACUAUGGACACGCAAAAGAAAUCCCAGCAGAAUAUAAAAAAAGAAAAAGUGGGUACUGAUGGUUUAACAAAAAAAGAGAGAAGAGCUUUAAAAGUUCAAGCUAAGCAGUCUCUAGAAAAUAAUGUUGCAGUGACCAAUAACAAAGUAAAUAGUCAUGAAAUUAAGGAAAAUACAAAACCAGUAUCUACAGCUGUAGUAAACAAUGUGGUGUCCAAUGAAAUAAAUAAAAACGUACUCAAUAGCGUGAAUGAAACACCCUCGGAAUCAACUAAUAAGCAAUUGACAGAUAAGGAACGAAGAAAAUUAGAAUGGGAGAAGAAACUAGCAGAGCAAAAGCCUAAAGAUGGUGUAAAAGAUAGCAAGGAAUCCUUGAGCAAAGCAGAAUUGAAGGCUAAACGGAGAGAGCAGCAAGAAGCUCAGAGAUUGGCCAAAGCCGAAGUAAAACCUAUUAUAAAAAAAGCAGAACUAGAACCAACACAAAUCAUCCCUCCUCCUCCAAAGGAAAAUAAAGUGGAAAUAAAGAAGUCUCCCAUUAAGAAAGAAAUGAAUAAACCUAGCCAAGUUCAUAAAGUUCAGUUAGUGCAGCAUUUGUACGGAAGUGGAUUAAAAUCUGAGUGCAAAGUCCUAGCUGUUUAUAAAGACGUUCAUCCUGCUUUUAUUAAACUAGGUGUGCAGUAUUCAAAUAAGACUAUUCUAGGAUCCAACUCAAGGUGUUUAGGACUUCUAAAUGCAUUGAGGCACUUAGUGGAUGAUUUACAGACUCCCCCUAAGCAAGAAUUCUGUAGGUACUUAGAAUCUGUCUUAAAGAACUGUACAAGCUAUUUACAGAACUGUAGACCGUUUGCAGUGUCAAUGACCAAUGCCUUGAGACACUUUAAGUUGCAGCUAACGCAGAUAGACAGUAAUUUAAAGGAUAACGAAAAGAGGGCUAAAUUACAAGAUGUGAUUGAUAUUUAUAUUAACGACGAUAUCAGGAAAGCUGGAGAUGCCAUCAGUAUGAAGGUUAAUGAAAAAAUUAAAAAUGGGGACAUUAUUUUGACCUACGGUUGCUCCUCUCUAAUCAGGAAAAUACUUCUGGAGGCCCACAAAGAUGGCAAGAAAUUCGAAGUGGUGGUAAUCGAUGGAAGGCCUCUCUUCGAAGGUCGAGAAAUGGCGAGGAGGCUGGUGGAGGCAGGAAUAAAAUGCACAUAUGUUCUCAUAAAUGCUGUCAGUUACAUAAUGAGCUCUGUUACUAAGGUGUUGCUAGGUGCACACGCUCUCUUGACCAAUGGUUAUGUGAUGUCGAGGAUAGGAACGGCACAAGUAGCCCUAGUGGCGCAGGCAUACAAUAAACCUGUCUUGGUUUGUUGUGAGACGUACAAGUUCAGUGAAAGGGUUCAGACGGAUUCGUUUGUGUACAAUGAAAUAGAUGAUCCUGAUAAGUUGUCCGUCAUGGGCAGUUCUGAAAAACCGUCUCCUUUGAACAAUUGGAAAGAUAAUAGCAAACUGACUCCCUUGAAUCUGCUGUAUGACGUUACACCACCAGAUCUAGUUACGGCUGUGGUUACGGAAAUAGCAAUCUUACCUUGUACUAGCGUCCCCGUCGUCUUACGGAUUAACGCCAACGAUGCCGUUUAAUAACCAUUGAAAGUUUUUUAAGUUUUUCACUCAUUUUCUUGAAGUAUCUCAGAAAUUUUGUAUUUUGAAUGAAGAAUAUUACUUAAACACAAAAGGUGUUAUAAUAAAUAUAUGUAUAUGUAAAUUAUUUCCUAUUAAAUAUCAUCAAUAUUA